AUGUUCAUACAAAAACCUUCCUAUCCUACUCGCGAGUUGGGGACAAACCGGCUGACGAUCCGGCAACACCACGAUCGUAAUCCAGCGUGCCGCGCUUUAACUGCGAACUACGGCUUGACGAAUUUUGACCGGAACGUUGAUCGUACCGACAAGACAGUGCCAAGGACGAAGAAGUUGCAAGCUGCGUAUUUUGCCGGGAUAACAAAGGCGGCUUCAGGGAUUGUCAAGCCGAACGAGAAAAAGUGCGAGUAACCUUUUUCCAGCAAUCGAAACCUCUCGAGGUCGACCUACCGGAUGAGCCUGUUUUCACAGAAACAGACUUCAUGAUGGCCUCACCCGUUACGAUGAGCGAAACCAAUCACGUGAUCUACAAUAGGACUGAAAGGCUGGGCAGCGAAUCAUCAAGGUCCCAUAUUUUAUAUGUAAGAGCGAGAUAGAGAGAUAGAGAAAUACAUAUGUUAGAGAGAGAGAGCGCGAAUGAAGCGUCCACAGACUCAGACGCUUAUACAGGGUGGCCGGUAUGUAACUGACUGGUUUGUAUUUUGAAUAUUUGUGAAAUAAAAUAAAAUACGUCC